GAAUCAUCCGACAACGAUAGCGAAAACAGUGAUGCGAACGAGUAUGCAGAGGGCCUGGGAUUUGCGGAUCGCAAGCGAUGCUCCGAGAAAAGCAACAGCCAGUUUGAGUUCGACCAUCAUCCAAAGGAGGAGUAUUUCGAGGAGCCCAAAUCCCACGUUGCUGAUGCGGGCCAGUGCAUUGAGCUACCGGUACUCCAGAGUUCCACCAAUAACCGCCAGGGGCUGCCAGGCCUACUGAGAGAACUCGAGGUGCGAGAGGCCGUCAAGGAGCGCUGCGCAAAGCGCCGGCGGCUGCGGGCCCAGCGCGGGCAACCUGCGCAGGGUCCAGGGCCCGCAGAUGAGGUCGUGGGCGGGCAGGGAGCUGCUGAUUUGCAUCGCGCCAGCGCUUGCCAUCCAGAG